CCCGCGGAUUCGCUGCCAGUGUCUCACCCUUAGCUCUGUUCUGAUUCCGUAAUUAGAGAUCGCGGGAGCGUUUAGCCAUUUCGCUGCUGGUAGAGUUGGGCUGAACAAUGGCCCUAAGGUGGUGUUUGCAGUUAGAGGUGGAUUAAUUAGAGCUGGGUUGUGUUCUUCGCUUAUCAUUGGCGAUGCCCGCUUUGUUGUGAGGUGUUUUAGGGUUCAUUGUGGGACCCAUGUUUUGGGGGAGUCAAAAUUUGUGGGCUGAUCCUUUCGUGCUCAGCUGGUUGAUUCUGAAUUGUGGGAUUUUGUGAAGGAACGUUGGUCUUCGCGUCGAGUCAAGAGAGGGGGCAUUGUGAGGGAGGGUUUUCCUUUGUGGGGUGUGAACAUCACUUCCGGGAGAGCUAGAUGUGGUGUAGGAGUUUUGGGUACGGUUUUGGCAGUUGGGAAUAGGAACUUACAUUUGAGCCUUGCUCAAGUCCGUUGGAUGUGUUCGAUCAUUCCGUGAGAAAGCGUGAUUAGGUUGGUGAUGAACGAACUCCUAGAUUUGAAGGGUUUCAGUGGAAUCGGACGAGGAAGGGAGAAGAAGGUAGCGCUGAUGGAUCCUUCUAAACAGUGUCUCAUAUGUGUUCCAUUGACGGCCAAGACAGUGAAGAAAAUGUUGUUUCAGCUUGAAUUGGCUAAGGAAAGCGGAGCCGAUGUUGCCGAAUUGCGAGUGGACCUCAUCAGCGGUUUCGAUGCCGCAGCAGAUCUCCCCGUUUUGUUGAAAGACAAGCCCUUGCCUGUGAUUGUCACUCCAAGGGCUAAAUGGGAAGGUGGAGAAUACAAGGGUAGUGAAGAAUCAAGGCAAGACAUCUUGCGAAUGGCUUAUGAUCUGGGCGCCGACUAUAUUGAUGUUGAGUUAAAGGUAGCUGGAGGAUUCAUCCAAGAGUUGAGAAGUAGAGGUAAAGACUCCACUACAAAGAUCAUCGUUUCAAAUCAUAAUUGGGACUUUACCCCUUCAGACGAGGAAAUUCACGCGACUAUAGAACAAAUGUGGGCUACUGGUGGAGACAUUGUAAAAUAUGUUACCACAGCUCAAGAUAUAACCGAUGUUGCACAAGUGUUCCACUUCCUUUCUGAAUCUAAAGGGCCAACAAUCGGAUUGGCCAUGGGACCAGCGGGAAUGAUCUCUCGUCUGCUAGCUCCAAAAUUUGGUGGCUACUUGACGUUCGGAGCAUUGUGCAAAGGACAAGAAUCGGCACCUGGACAGCCCACUGUACAGGAUCUGAUUGAAGUAUACAGGGUGAAGUCCAUGGAUCGAGAUACCAUGGUGUAUGGAGUGAUUGGAAAGCCUGUGUAUCACAGUAAGGGCCCUGUUUUACAUAACAAAGGAUUCGAGGAGCUUAACCUUAAUAAAGUGUAUGUGCCUUUGCUUGUUGAUGAUUUCAACAAAUUCAUGAACGUGUUUAACCGUCCCGAUUUUCAUGGUUUCAGCGUUACGAUACCAUACAAGGAAGAUGCACUGAAGCUGUGUGAUAGGGUUGAAAAUGCUGCAAAGAUUAUUGGUGCAGUAAACACUGUUGUACGAGAGACUACUGGGGAGUAUCAGGGCUAUAACACCGAUUGUGAGGGUGCCCUCUCAGCUAUUGAGAAAGGACUUCGUCAUUCAGGGCUCGCUAACAAUGAUGAAACACCAUUGAAAGGCAAGCUGUUUGUAGUGAUUGGAGCUGGUGGGGCUGGCAAAGCUCUGGCUUAUGGAGCUAAAGAAAGACAUGCUCGAGUUGUUGUUGCUAAUCGCAAUUAUGAGCGCGCAAAAGCACUAGCAGAGUCUGUGGGUGGGAAGGCAAUAGAACUUGAUCAGCUGUCAGACUUCCGCCCUGAAACUGGCAUGAUACUUGCAAACAGUACCUCUAUUGGGAUGGAGCCUGAAGUCACUAGGUCCCCGAUUCACAAGGAUGCUUUGAGUGCAUAUGCUUUGGUGUUUGAUGCUGUCUACACGCCAAAACAGACGCAGCUCUUGAAAGAUGCAGCAGAGAUGGGGGCUGUAACUGUAAGUGGAGAGGAGAUGUUUUACGGACAAGCCUUUGCUCAGUUCAGAUACUUCACAGACCUUCCUGCGCCAGAAAGUGCCAUGCGGGAUGUGAUUUCAAAGCCUGCUGCUGCAAAGAAAGGAAAAUUGCGUGCCCCUGUGUCUGCUCAAUGUUCUAUUGGUACUUACAGCAGAGGACGAAUGAUAUCAACCAGGUUGGGAUUUGACAAACUUCUCCAGAGAGGUUUGUACCCAAAUUCGGCACAGUUUGGUAUGCUGAUGGAUAAGUCGCAGGUACAAUUGGUCAAUUUAGCAUUUAGAUGUUGAGUAGCUCGCCUUAGUAGAGCUGAUUCAUGAGCAUACACCAUAAACUAGAAUUCUUUCAGUUCCACCCAAUUGGUGGCACUAUUAUUAGAACAUGUCAAGAUAUAGCUCUCGCGUCUCUGUUUGCGCAUUUGGACUUGGUGUAACCGUUAUCUCGACAUCAGCCGUUAGCUUGGGAUUGAGAUUAGGACAUAUAAUCUGUAUCUGCCGAGAGCGAGUUAAAGAAGGCUCGAUUUCACGCCAUUUUUGCUCCUCUCUGUUCCUUCGUGCUGGAUAAUCAAAUUUUAGUAAGUGUUAGAGAACCAGACUACUAGAGGAUUAACUCA